UUAUUUCUGACUCAGUAUAAAACCACAUAAAUGCAUUUAAAUUUCUUUGUCUGGUAUCAGUAUGAUGAUUGAUCUUGAAAACUGAGUCUUUUGCAAUAUUUACUCUUAUAAAUAAAUCCCUAAUUCAAUGGACUUCUCAAUUUGGGAGAACUUAAAGAAUAUUUUUAGCAAUAUGAUUUAAAUACACUGUAUAGGAAAAAGUUUAAUAACUAAAGUGUACUGUUUUCCAUGUAGCUUAGAUUCUCAAUUUCUAGGAUAGUACCUCUCCAACUAAAUGUGUUUGCCAUGUAGUUACUUGCUGCUUAUAGUUCUUUGCAUGUUUCUUUCCAGUUAGAGCUUAACUUGCAUCUUGUGCAUGGUUUGUGCAAACUGCAUUUUAACUUGUCUUUGUCUUUGAUGCUUGCAACCUAAUCCAUCCCAGCUACACUGCCUCGAAAAGAAAGUGCUGUCAAACAGGAAACUGAGAGUCUUCAUGGAAGCUCUGGAAAAUUGACUGGAUCCACUUCUAGCCUAAAUAAGCUCUCUGUUCAGAGUUCAGGAAAUCGUAGGUCUCAGUCAUCCUCACUGUUAGAUAUGGGAAACAUGUCUGCUUCUGAUCUUGAUGUAGCUGAUAGAACAAAAUUUGAUAAGAUUUUUGAGCAAGUAUUAAGUGAACUAGAGCCCCUAUGUCUGGCAGAACAGGACUUCAUAAGUAAAUUUUUCAAACUACAGCAACAUCAGAGCAUCUCAGGAACAACAACGAAUGAAACAGAGGAAAUGGAUGGAGGAAAUUUAUCUCGUUCAUACAUGUCUGGUGUUCCACAGACAAUAUCAUCUGAGAAGGACAUGAUCCGACAAAUGAUGACAAAAAUAUUUCGUUGUAUUGAACCUGAGCUGAACAAUCUUAUAGCACUGGGGGACAAAAUUGAUAGCUUUAAUUCCCUUUAUAUGUUAGUUAAGAUGAGCCAUCAUGUAUGGACUGCACAAAAUGUGGACCCAGCUUCCUUUCUCAGCACAACUCUUGGAAAUGUUUUGGUGACUGUCAAAAGGAACUUUGAUAAAUGCAUUAGCAAUCAAAUGAAACAGAUGGAUGAAGUAAAAAUCUCAAAGAAAAGUAAAGUUGGGAUCCUUCUAUUUGUUGCUGAAUUUGAAGAGUUUGCAGCCCUUGCUGAGUCAAUUUUCAAAAACGCAGAACGACGAGGAGAUCUGGAUAAAGCAUACAUAAAACUUAUUCGAGCUGUUUUUAUCAGCGUUGAAAAAGUAGCUAAUGAAAGCCAGAAGACACCCAGGGAUGUGGUAAUGAUGGAGAAUUUCCAUCAUAUUUUUGCAACACUUUCUCGGUUGAAAAUUUCUUGUCUUGAAGCUGAGAAAAAAGAAGCCAAACUGAAAUACACUGAACAUCUUCAGUCCUAUGUAGUCUACUCACUUGGACAGCCUCUUGAGAAAUUAAAUCAUUUUUUUGAAGGUGUUGAAGCUCGUGUGGCCCAAGGUAUACGAGAAGAAGAAGUAAGCUAUCAACUGGCUUUUAAUAAACAAGAGCUUCGUAAAGUUAUAAAGGAGUAUCCUGGAAAAGAAGUCAAGAAGGGAUUGGAUAAUCUUUACAAGAAGGUAGAUAAACAUCUCUGUGAAGAAGAAAACUUACUUCAGGUUGUGUGGCAUUCAAUGCAAGAUGAGUUCAUACGACAGUACAAGCACUUUGAAGGGCUGAUAGCUCGCUGCUAUCCUGGAUCAGGAAUUACUAUGGAAUUCACUAUACAGGAUAUUUUAGACUACUGCUCCAGUAUUGCACAAUCUCAUUGAGGUUCUAUCAAGGGACAGAGAAGCUAGCAAAGUCUGUGCCUGUAUGAUAAGGGAAUCAAACACUAUAGAUGCUGUUUGUUUUUAAAAGGUGUAUUUCAGUAUGUAUGUAUAGCUAACUGUUGUGUAUGUAUACGCUUCAACUGUUUUUCGGGGCAAAGUGAAAUCUUUGGUCAUUUGUUGCUCUUCUAGGCAUUGAAAUAGUGUUUGAAAGCAUUAAUUCUGUGAAACACUUUGUAUAUGUUUUUCCCCUCCCUUAAUGUUCAGAUACUUUUAUUUAUAACCCCUCUUUUGCUAAAAGCAGCAAGCACUACACAUGUAGUACACAAAAGGGUACUACCAUCUCUACUAGUACUUUGCAUCUUCCAGAUUACACAAGCAUUAAAGACUGCCACAUCUCUUCCCAUCCUCGUUCCAGAAAGUAUGGGUGUGGAACAUAAGCAGUGGGAAUCUGAAUUCGUGUUCUGAGAUGAGAUGUGAGGGUGGCUGUCAUUCUUGAUUAAAAUCUGUUCAUUGCAUUC